UAGGGCCUACAAUGUAUUGAAUUGAAGUAGGCAAACGCUAGUUGACAACACUUUGAAAUUGAUUUGUCGAUGGUUGGUUUUGAGAGAAAUUCGACACAUUUUCAGUGCAUGUGCUACUAGAAUCUAGAUCUACAACUAUGGGAACAGCCGGGGCAGUAUUGUUUCUGGUAUUGUCAUGCUUAACAGUGCAGUGUUUUUCCAAGUAUGAACCAAACUGGAAGUCUUUAGAUUCUCGUCCUCUUCCAGCUUGGUAUGAUGAAGGCAAAGUCGGAAUAUUCAUCCACUGGGGUGUGUUCUCUGUUCCUGGCUUCGGCACAGAAUGGUUUUGGUACUACUGGAAAGGGUAUAAAGAUCCAGCCUUUGUUAAGUUCAUGAAGGACAACUAUAAGCCAGACUUCACAUAUGCAGAUUUUGCUCCCAUGUUCCAUGCAGAGUUCUACUCUCCAGGCCAGUGGGCGGACAUCUUUAAAGCUGCAGGAGCUAGUUAUGUUGUCCUUGUGACCAAACAUCAUGAAGGCUUCACGAGCUGGCCUUCAAAAUAUUCCUUUAACUGGAAUGCUCAAGAUGUUGGCCCUAACAGAGAUCUGGUUGGGGACCUGGCGAACGCUAUUAGGUCUAAGACUGACAUAAAAUUUGGUGUCUACCACUCCAUGUUUGAAUGGUUCAACCCCCUUUUCAUGAGAGAUCAAGCCAACGGAUUUAGGACACAAGAUUUUGUGAAGGCAAAAACAAUUCCUGAAUUGCAUGAACUGGUGAACAAGUACAAACCAGAUAUUGUUUGGUCUGAUGGAGAAUGGAUGGCUUCAGAUGACUAUUGGACUUCGAAGGAAUUUAUUGCUUGGUUGUAUAAUGACAGCCCUGUGAAGGACACUGUGAUUGUCAAUGAUCGGUGGGGCAACAACACGCGCUGUAAGCAUGGAGGAUUCUGGGACUGCUCAGAUCACUACACGCCAGGCAAAUUGGUGCCCCACAAAUGGGAGAACUGCAUGUCAGUGGACAAGAACUCGUGGGGGUAUCGGCGCAAUGCUCAGCUCUCAGAACUUCACACCAUAGAGGAGUUGAUAGAGCAGCUGGUGACAACUGUUAGUCUUGGAGGGAACUUCCUUAUCAAUGUUGGUCCGACUGCCUAUGGUGAGAUUGCACCUCUCUAUGAAGAGAGACUGCGCCAGAUGGGCUCCUGGCUUGGCGUUAACGGGGAGGCCAUCUACAAAACACAUGUGUGGACCCAUCAGAAUGACUCCAUAGCUCAUAAUGUGUGGUAUACUUCAAAAUCCAACUCUUCCCAAGUGCCCACUGUCUACGCCAUUUUGCUGUCAUGGCCACAGAACAACACCAUCCACCUGGGUGAUCCCAUCGCAUCGGAUGAGACAAAAGUGUCCCUUGUUGGGUAUCCUGGCUAUUUUGAUUUCGAGUGUAGCCCAUCCAGUGGCAUGGUCAUCAAGGUCCCGGCUAUUCCUGUCAGCCGCAUGCCUUGUGACUGGGCUUGGGUUCUGAGGCUCACAUAUCUUCAGAACUACAAAACAAAAAUAAAUCCAGAUGCUUAUUCUGACCAUGUAGAACCUAUUCCCAUGAUGAAAGAGCCUUUUGUUUAACAAGUGUGACACAAAAGAUAAAAUGCCCGCCAAGAAGGGUAUAUAUGUCUUUCCUGAGAUUUUCUGUGGUUGCCAUUAUAUUUGUUUUGGUCAUUAUGAAUCCUUGUGCCAUAAGCAAAUUAUUUAAUAUACAAACUUUUUGUAUCUGGUCAACAAAAACAGGUACUUUUUCAAAUUUGGAAUUAUGAAGAGUUUUUCAUUGAUCAAUAUGAUUUGUCACUGUGAUUUUUCUUGGAGGAAUUCUUUGCAGAAAGCAUUAUUUACAUUAAAUCUACAUGUAUCUUUGUAUGUCUAAAUAUUUACACUCUAUUAAAAAUAUUUUGUACCAGUUAUUACUAUUGUGAACUUAACUCAUCUGCUACAUAUUAUUUUCUGCUAGUGGACGAUUUUUUUUCGGGAGGGCGAAAUGAGAUGGUGACUAGUGCGCAGUUCACAGGUCUUUGGGGCCACAAAUUCAAAUAAAUAUCAACAUAUUUUAUACCUUAAUUUUCAGUAUGGUUUGUAAAAUACAUCUGUAAUGUUUAUUUGUGUAUUUUUGAACUUUGGUUCCUCGAAGAGGUCAUUAUUCAACACAAUUAUUGCUUGGAUGCGGAUAAAAUUUUAAAACAUAAAACUAAUAAUCUUUGGUGAAACUCAAAAAAAUUGUUUGUACCUAGUCAAAUGAUACUUCAAAAUAACCAUAAAUGAAUAUAGUACAGGAAAAUAUUAAAAAAUUUGCAGUUAUUUACAUACAUUCCAUAAAAUUUGUACAUUAGGGUCAUUAGGAUCAUAAUAUCCGAUAUUGAAAAUUAAAAAAAAAAAUUUUUUUUCUAAUCGUGAAAGAAGGACAAGAUGCAUUCACAAACAGAAAAAAACACUCAUAUCUUAUAUGAAAUUAUUCAGAAUUGCAUUUGGAAUAAACCUAUACAUGUCUUGAUAGGUACUUUUGCGCAAUUUCACCAAAAAGUAGUGAUUUCGGGGAGAAUAAAAAUAUUUUGACAUUUUAGAUCUAGACCUAGAUCUAGCACUGAAAAAUAUGGAAUAACAGACCACUUUCAAUUUGAGUCCAAUAGUAUCAAUAUUCUAAAUAAGAGUCCUACAUUUCUUUAGUGAGCAAAAUAAUGAUACAUUUUGUUGUAUAAAAGAACUAAGACUGUUGUCUGGGCUAUAAUUUGGGCAUCGCGAUAAAACAAAGUCGUAUAUAAACUUCAAAAUCGUGAUUCAAAACUGAAUCUAACCUUCCGAUUUUCUGUGGAAACGCUUGACCCGGAAGUCAACGUAAUCAAUUAUAGCCUUUAUUUUAACAUGGAUAUGCGGACUGGAAUAAAAUCUAAGCUAGAAGUAUUGGUCAGUUCUCGAGCCGUCGGGGGCGGCUUGGCGUACGGAAGACACUUUCGCCGCACCACUACCCACAGCUCGGCGUAGCGAAUGAGUUAAGGGGUUCAGACAACUUACCAGGGUUGCUUACUUUAUCUUAUAAUAGCCAUGUCUGUCUUCAAAGAGAGAAUUUUGGAGCAAAAGUUAAGAUUGGGAAAAUGUUAAGCAGGCAAAGUCAUGUAUAAAAUAAAGUAGAGAAAUAUAAAAUACAUGAGUUUUAUUUGUGUUUCUCCAAGAAAAAAAUUCAGGCUUAUACCACAUUAGUACUGAAUUUUCUCAAGGUUUUCCUCAAUUUGGAUGAACUGAAGUUAAAGACUUUUUGAAAACUAUUAAAUGUUAACCAUUGGUUGUUUUAUCUUUUUGAUUUUGAAUAAGGUAUCAAGUAUCGGUACUUUUGUGAUAUUUUUUGAGUGUAUAAUAACUUAUUUUACAGUGCCUGAACUGUUAUGUUACUGCUCACCAAGAGCGUCACUGAGAUCGGUUCAGUUGUUAACUGUUUCAGUAUGUUUCAACAAUUAAUUGAGAUUCUCAUUGUGAAACUUUAGCUCAAUGUUAUGGUACUUUUUUAUAAGUCACUUAUAUAUAUAAUUUUACUUCUUUUUAACUUUUAACAGUAACUAACUUGUAACUUGUUUAUGUAUUUUAAGUCCAAGUUGCCAUUUGUAAUAACUAUUAUUUUGCGAUCAAUAUAAUCAUAUUUGAUUAUGAGUGUUACCUGAUGAAACUUUUGUACUUUUUUUUGCAUUUUUUUUCUUUUAUUCUGGUUUGUUUGUUCAGUCGAGUGGAAAAUAAAUUUUAUUAACUCCACAGAUGGGACCGUAUUA